CAGGAAAGGACGUAGGACUGACUCGCAGGGGUCCUAUAGAACGCAGGGACUAUACACGUUGGGACUGUAUUUGGCAUCUUGAUACAUUACUAUGAGUUUUCGGGAGCUUCUGGAGGUCGGAUGAAAAAAAAAGAGUUUGACAAGGAACCAGCUUCAUCUAGGAGACAAGAAAGAACAGUCAGCUCCAGCAUCAGGACCCCUGACUGUCCUCGGACUCUGUCCUCCCUCCUCGUUCCUAUCACCCCAUAUUUCUUAAUUCUACACCCCAACUUUUUUCUAACGUUUAUUGGUGACCGGUCGAAAGAACUUUGCCAUUUCCUUACUUAUUAACUACACUUAGGAGGAAUAGCUGUAGAAGAGCUUUGAUACUUAAGGGAAACUGAUAAUGAAGGGCUUAUCUUUCUGUCAGCUCCUGCUGGCAUUGAUCUUACACUAUGGAAUCUGUGGACAGCAGGAGAUUACAUUGGAGACCCUUCCAACUAAUGCACAGGAUAUAACCUGUACAGGGGGUCUUCAGUGCAAUUCCUCUGACACUUUCUGUAUCCUUGGAAACAUAGAAACAUCUGAAUUUCCUGUUUUGAUACCAACGAAUAUCAGAGCGAAAACAGUGAAAAGGUGCGACGAUCAAAAGGGAUGUCAUCUCUGCGUUCAAGUCACCAUGGACAUAUCUGUGGCUUUCUUAUUAGACUAUUCUGAUGAACUGGGCUCAGGUGACUGUGAUGAUGAAUAUGAUUACUAUGAAGAUUAUGACUAUAUUGAAGACUACAUGGAAAACAAUGACUCGACCAAUCUCAGCCUGUAUAUAACAGUUAAUAAACCCAGCAAUGAUUCCUUGCUCUGUGCCAACCUUUAUAUAAUGCGGGUAGUCCCGACCAGCUAUUUAUGUUCCUUUGUCAGAGUUUCAUUGCCUCAGUCAUCUGUUCCACAGAUAAAAGACACCAAGACCAGCAUAAAGGUGGGAUCUGUAGUGUAUAAUAGCAUUAAUGCAAGACCUGGCAAUGACUUUAAUGUCACUUCCUAUACAAACCCAAGGUAUUUUGAGGAACUUCAUGUGCACCAUAGCUUGCCAGGUUGCACAGAGCUGGAUCCCAAGGAAAAUAUUGUGGAAUGUGAAGCACCCAGCCUGAAAUUUGAUGUUGGAGAUGAUGUGUCUGUUGGCGUACUUAACGGGACCUCUGACAGGAACAUAAAAUUACGGGUCUUUCUUAAAUCCAGAAAUAAAAGAAAUGACACGAUACAUAUUUUACAUGGAGAAGAACGUUUCCUUAUUCCCAAAGCAGAUAUCGUUCCAUGUUUGUGUUUUGAGGCUAGUUACAGUCAUCUGAAUGAUGGAGUCAGAAACGCAUACUGCCCAUUUACAAACUAUACAGAAGAGAAGAUGCUGAAUGAGUCGGCUCUUGUUGUGAAAAUAGAGUCCAACAUGCUGCUCUAUAACCUGUCAGCAACCUGUAAUCUGUCCGCCAAAUUUUUACUUUGUUGGAAACCCAACGAUAAUUCAGAAUGCCAUGAAAUUCCUUACACCAGGCAGGAGAUUCAGAGCGAGGUCAUUGGAUCCCUGAAGCUGGAUCAUCUGCACCCUUCUCUAUGUUUACAGGUGUCGGUUAAAAAGAAAAUCAAUCACACCUUCUGUUUACCCGUGAAUGCGACAAAGCAGAAGAGUUAUGAAACCACCGUCCUUGUCCUGAAGCAGAAACAUGAAAACACUUCUUUCUGUUUUGUGGGAGAAAACAAGUGCAUUACAUUGGAAAAUACAACCAUCCAGUCUGGCCUUGCGAUUUGGGUGGAGGGGAGUAAGAUGACAAGAGAAGCACAAUUCCUUGAGCGGAAGGUAGUAGAGGAUAUCAUCACAGAACAAUGUAUAAGGAUCUUCAGAUCUGGUAAAAAUCACGAGUUCUAUGCCUGCAAUGUGACUAAGUAUAUAAGGACCAAAUGGAACUGGUCCAGGGUGUUGUGCCUUUUGGCUGUCGCCAGCGUGCUGCUGAUUCUACUCCUAAAAAAUGAGAACCUCAAAAAAUGGAUAAAGGCAGUGACUGCAGAAAAACCCCUCAGUGACAUCUUCAAUAACCGUAGAAUCUUGAUUCUAUAUUCUCCUGACAGUCUGGAAUAUGAAAACCUAGUCCUGAAGUUUGCCUCUUCUUUAAAGGAUCUACAGAUGGAUGUGGUCUUGGACCAAUGGCAUCGUGUCAAGAUAAGUGAAAUUCAUCUCCUGCCUUGGUACCAUCAACAAAAAUCUAUUGUUUUCGAGAAGGGAGGUUUGAUCAUCCUUCUUUUCUCUGAAGGAGCCAGAGACAAGUACAGAACAUGGCAGAAACAGGAUGUAACACAACGCAUUGACCUCGGUCCUAACCAGUCUUUUGGAGCGGUGCUAAACUGUGUUCAGUCGGAUUUUUGUAACAAUAAGGCCAAAGGGCAUUAUAUUGUUGCCACUUUCAGCCCUUCCUGUUCUGUCCCUGCACCAUUUGACUCAGUCCCUGUCUGUGAGAUACCAUUAUGUCUUGAAACAUUAUUAAAGGAAAUUGCAGGGGUCAAUGCCAAAAAACUUGGCUCUAAGCAAGUCAGACAGCUCUCUACUAAAAUCCGGGAAAGACUCAACAGCAAAAUCAAGCCAGAAUCUGUGAAUUCUAGUGUCGCUGUGGAAUUACAGCCCUUAAUGCAGGGCACAAGAUAACAUUUCAUAGAACUAUGGAUGAGGAUACAGGUACAAACAAUGCUGAAGAGCAAACUAGACUGUGAACUGGUUGGGAGACAGUGUUUUCAAAAGCUGUUGAAGGAAUCGAGAUAUCACCCAGAAGUGAACAUUCCUCCUCUUGAGUAAAGUGUAGAAAAUGUGAAAUGAGUGUACGGCUGGCACCAGUUUUUAAGAAUAACUUAAACUAAAACUAACAUGUAUGCUCAUGUACAUACUGUACACUAGAUGGCACAGAUACCAUAUUGAAGUUUAAAUCUAUGUUGAAGAUAGUGGAGUCUAGUUGCCUCCAAAAAUAAAGAAACUCGAUUAUGGUAGAGGCUCUUAAAGGGGUUUUCCACCAUUAGGUAAUUUUAGCAUUUACCUGCCAGACAGUAAUGGACGUGCUUAAGAAGGAUCUGCCAUCAAGGACAGGUACAGACACUAUAUUGUGAACUACACAACUUUACAGCCCCUGUAAGAUAGUAAAAUAAUUUUAAAAAAUCCUGGAAUACCCAUUUAAAGGAAUGUUUAAAGGGGUAUUCCAGGCAAAACCUUUUUUUAUAUAUAUCAACUGGCUCCGGAAAGUUAAACAGAUUGGUAAAUUACUUCUAUUAAAAAAAUCUUAAUCCUUCCAAUAGUUAUUAGCUUCUGAAGUUUUCUUUCUAACUGCUCAAUGAUGAUGUCACGUCCCGGAAGCUGUGCAUGAUGGGAGAAUAUCCCCAUAGGAGCUGCACAGCUCCCGGGACGUGAGUCAUCAGAGAGCAGUUAGACAGAAAACAACAACUCAACUUCAGAAGCUAAUAACUAUUGGAAGGAUUAAGAUUUUUUAAUACAAAUAAUUUACAAAUCUGUUUAACAAACCAGUUAAUAUAUAAAAAAAAAAGUUUUGGCCUGGAAUACCCCGUUAAUGAGAAAGUAACCUAUGGUAUAAAAGUUUUUACGUUAAACAGAUUUAAGAUUUUUUUAAAUUUUUUUUAACAUUUUUUUAUCUGCUAGCUGUAUUGAAAAACAAUCCUGAAAUCUUGAAGUUUUCAUUCUGGACACUAAGCCUAAUAAUAAGUUGAUGCUUACUGUUUUGUGAAAAACACUGGUUAACAGUACUUUACUUAUCAUUACAUGUGAGAUUACACAGAGAAGUGAGACCAGUAUAAAGAUAUAUAGGUGAUGGUUAGAGCUCAGUCUCCAUCUGUCCCUGCACAGUGAUCUCUAAAGAAGUCACAGAGCAUGCCUAGAAAUCUCCUAUAAAAUUGAAUGGCCCCAUUCAGUCUAUAUUCUGUGUAUAUGGGGCUUGAUGUAAAGCAUAGCUCUUACUGUUGUUGACAGCAGCUAAGACAGGAUGGCUGACACCAUGAUAAUUAAAACAAACACAUUAAAAUAGAAACAAAUUAGAAAAAGAGCAUGCUUCAUUAUUUGGUUCUAAAAAGUGAAAGUGUAGCAGGAUCAUUACAAGUCUGUGUAUUUAUGUGAUUUUGGUUCUAAUAAGUAUGAAAAAAAAUAAAUAAACCAAAAAAAACUCAGAGAUAUAUUAAGUUUAAUGCCUUUGAAAAACAAUCAGCUCCAAGUUUUAUCAUUUUAGCCUGCAGCCUCCAUUGGAGGGAGCUCAAGAGCUUGUUGCAUACUGCUAUAUUAUUGGGCUUAAUGUAUAAACAGUAUGCAGUAAGCCGCCAAGCUCUCACUAGAUCCGACUUUCAUCAUUCAGUUCAGAAAAAUAAAGCUGCGACCACUGUAAAGAUAUUAAUAUCCACAGAAUAGGGGAUAGGUAGCUGAUCACGGGGUGUCCGACCACUGGGACCCCCCUUAAUCUCUGGAUCUAGACCCUGGCUCUCAGUAAGGAGUGUGUGUACAGCACUCUGGCAUCUCCGGCGCUCCCAUAGGAAUGAAUGGAGCAGGGAGGAGGGUCCCAGUGGUCGAACCCUAGCGCGAUCAGCUACUUAUCCAUUAUACUGUGGAUAGGGGUUAAGAUAGUUUUCAUUAGACAACUCCUUUAAAUAAUAUUUGACUUCCUGUUUCUCAUUCAAGGGUGGGUUCACAUGUAAUUAAUUUGCUGCGGGAAACCCACGGAGGAUUAGUUACAGUACAUGUAACCCUACCCUUAUUCAGAUAAUAGACUGCUUUUUUUUUGUCAAUCUCUGAUAUUCAGAGCAUUUCCUAUUUCUUAUGCAACCCUGACAAUUAGUUUCUAUGAAACAUGUCUGGAGUAUUCAUUGCUGUCUCUACUUGAAUGUAUGUUUGUAAUUAUUUCUUAAUUUAUGUUCUCAUCUAUGAAACUGGUUUAAGAAAAUUGUAAUUACAAAAGUAAAAAAAAAAAAAAAAAAAAAAAGGAAAAUCUUUAAUAUAACAAAAUGAAGGAAAUAAAAUUA